GAAGAAUUGACCACGAGUCUCUACACAACAACCUGUCUACACCCUUCUCAUCUACGAUCCCCCCUCCUCCUACCGCCUUUAUCACUCACUACACACAUCUGCCAGCAUGUCCAACAACAAACCCCCUCCCACUGGCCCCGAUCUCUCACGCAACGAAUACAUUCCAUCCUUCAUCUCCAAACGACCAUUCUGGGCUGAAGGCAUCUCCUCCAGCGACGCCGACUACCUCGAACAUCAACGUCUCCAAUCCGUCAACAAAGACACACUCGAUAAAGCAAAAUGGUACGAUCGAGGCAAGAAAGUCGGCCCGGCCGCCACGAAAUUCCGCAAAGGCGCCUGCGAGAAUUGUGGCGCCAUGACCCAUAAAACCAAAGAGUGUCUCAGUCGACCGCGGAAACAAGGUGCACGAUGGACAGGCAAGGACAUCCAAGCAGAUGAACAUAUUGAAGAUGUCAAACUCGGAUUCGACGCCAAACGCGAUCGAUGGAACGGGUACGAUAAUCGAGAAUACGAUGCCGUUGUUCAAGAAUACGAAGAACUCGAGACCAUGAAACGAACAGCCGCAACCGAUGGAACCACAACCGAGUCAGACGCCAAAUACGGCGAAGAAACCGACAUGGGACGUUCUCAACCUACAUCAACCCGUCAAUUACGAUUACGUGAAGACACAGCGAAAUACUUACUCAACCUCGACCUCGAUUCCGCCAAAUACGACCCUAAAACUCGCACCAUGGACACAUCCUCACAAUCCCUCUCCAACGCUGCUGAAGGCGACCCUUCCAUCGCGGAGGAAAACUUCAUCCGCCCAUCCACGGACGACAGCUCCGCAUUCACCCAAGCGCAAAAAUACGCAUGGGAAACCCAAGAAGGAGCAUCCAAUUCUGGAUCCAUGACCAAGAAGCUCCAUCUCCAAGCCAACCCCACCGAAGGCGAAAUCCUACAUAAGAAACAAACCGCCGAAGCCGAAGCAAAGAAGAUGGCAGCGCGCAAAGCUCUACUCGACAAAUACGGCGGUUCAGAGCACCUCCUCCUCUCAUCUUCAACCUCGUCCCCAUCAUCUUCAUCCACAAAUCCCAACUCCAUUCCCCACCGAAAACCCCCACCAAAAGUGGUUUCUUCAGACCGCUAUGUCGAAUACGACGAAUCUGGACGUGUGAAACCCCGAGCCGGUGAAGCCGCCCGUCCCAAAGCACGGUCCAAAUACCCAGAGGAUAUCAUGACGAAUAAUCAUACGAGUGUAUGGGGCAGUUGGUGGAGGGAUUUUACUUGGGGAUAUAAAUGUUGUCAUUCAACGGUGAAGAAUAGUUAUUGUACGGGUGAGGAAGGGAAGAGAGCGUGGGAGGAGACGGAGAAGUUGAGGAUGGGGACGGGGUUGGAGGAGGGGCAGGGGGAUGGGGGGGAUGGAGGGGAUAAGGAUGAGAAGUCGUAUGAGAAGAGCCGUGGCGGGGAUGAUGGCAAAGAUGACGGCGAAGAAGAGACGGAUAACAACAAGGUCCAAUCUAGGGAACCCAAGUCUAAAGCAAAGAAACGAACGCUUCAGGAAUUACAGAGCGGGAUUACCGAAGAAGAACUUGAGUCGUAUAAACGCAAUCGACUUGCGGCGGAUGAUCCUAUGGCGAAGAUGCUAGGACGGGAUGAGUUGGUAUCAUGAGAGGAUAUGACAUGACAACACACUCUUAUGCAUUCCUAUGCAUCCUACUAGUAAUACUUCCAGUCCAGUCCAUACCAUGCUCACACCAUGACAAUGGCCUCACUCAUCCUCACGACUAUGAACUCCCACUCCCCCUCCCACCACGACAACAACAUCUAUCAAAAGGAUGACAUAGACUCAUCCACCAAGCCAUUCCUCGAUCUCUGACAAUCUCACCUCUUCCACUUCCAUCUCCAGGAAGUGCUUGUCCAUUGUCAACCCCAUUCCCUCUCUGCGCAUCAUCCAACCCCUGACCAGACCAGAGCAUAGGUGGACCAAGACGAGCUGUAAUUGAAACAGGCGAAGGCGGAGAAAAAGACAUGGGUGACAGGAUUUCAUCCCUAUCAGCACUUGCAUCACCACUGCCACUGCCUCCCAGUCCUAAUCCCAACCCUCGUCCCGAUGUUGUUGACCAAACACUCUCUUCUUCCCUCAAUGUACUCCUCCCUCUCCCUUCGACUCUACUCCCCGACCCACCAUUAUCUCCAUUAUCUAUAUCUGCUCUUGCCCGGAUUCGAUAACGGCCAGAUCCAGAUCCAGAACCGACACCACCACCGACACCAUGUCCACUCGCACGGACUGGAAACUUUCCUCUGAUCCAUGUUCCGUCAUCAGCACGAGCGAGCGGGCCUACUACCGGUGCAACACGGAGAACCGAUUCUCUCAAGUCAUUGUCUUGACGUUUUUUCUUGCCUCGUCGCGAAGAACGGCGACCCCAGGUUGUAAAGCGGUGCGAGGAUGGCGGUACGAGCCGGUAUAAUUGGGCUUCUUUGCUGCCGAAGCGGGGGAGGCCUGGUGGAGUGGGAAUGCGUUCUGGAGGAGGGUUCAGAGGUUGAAGUGGGUAGAUCAGAUUGGUUGGUAAGGUGGUAUUGCUACUGGUGAAGCUGGUGAUAGAUGGAGAGCAUGGCGUUGGCUCGCUGGCGUGUGCUGUUCUUACCUUCGAGCUGGAUCGGGUGUUGACGUCGGCGUCAUGGAGAGAGAAUGAGCGGCGGCCUGGGAUGGGAAUUGGAUGCAUGUUGAGCGAGGUCUGGUGGGAUGCCGGCUUGAAUGAGUUGUUCAUGCAUCGGAUGUGACCAUGUGACGGAGGAGCAACGAUAGUAAUGAUAGAGGCCGGGACUUGGAUGGAUGGUGACACGUUGGUUAGACGAAGUUGUCGAAGCCAUUGCCAGAUCAUGGUUGCAAGCAUGGCAACUGCCUUGACAAGACGAAAAAGAGUAGAAGGCGCGUCUCAAAGGAAUAUAAUUGGAAAGAACCUUGAAGGAAGAAGAAUUCGAGUUGAAAUCUUUGCAUUUCAAUAGAAUUAUUGUCCGGAAUUAACCAGCGAUGCUGGUUAUACA